CUAGGAGGCAUUGAAAUUCCAGGGCCGAAGUCCUGAGACAAAGAUCAUAAUGAGACAGGAAGGUGGCAUAGGAAGGAGCCCAUUUGCAUGACAAUAAUUGAGCCAAGAAUAGCAAGCCGGAGGGAUGCAAGGGUGAGGCUGGCAGCUGAGCUGGGCUAAACCUCACAAAUCAGUCUACCCAGUUCUGCUCUGCAGGGGAGGCGGAGGCUGAGCUCCGUGCCAGGCUUUCGGGAGGGAAAGAAAGACAAGGACACGGGCACCAGGGGAUUGUAGGAACUCUGGCCAAGCUGGACUUUGCCUUCCUCCUCCCCUAGCCAGGAGGUGCCUUUGUUUGCUCUCUUCUUCCUGGACUUCGUGACUGGAGGCCUAAGCGGACAUCAUGGCUGCUCAGAAAGGUCUCUGGGACGCCAUUGUGAUUGGAGCAGGCAUCCAGGGUUGCUUCACCGCAUACCACCUGGCCAAACACUCCAAGAGGGUCCUCCUACUGGAGCAGUUCUUUCUCCCGCAUUCCCGAGGAAGCUCCCAUGGACAGAGCCGCAUCAUCAGAAAGGCUUAUCCCGAGGAUUUCUACACGAGGAUGAUGCAUGAGUGCUAUCAGACAUGGGCCCAGCUGGAGCAUGAGGCGGGAACCCAGUUGCACAGGCAGACUGAGCUCUUGUUUCUGGGAAAGAAGGAGAAUCCAGAAUUAAAGACAAUCCAGGCCACUCUGUCUAGGCAGGGAAUUGACCAUGAGUAUCUUUCAUCAGCGGAUUUAAAGCAACGUUUCCCAAACAUUCAACUUGCCAGCGGAGAAGCAGGGCUCUUGGACAAGACUGGAGGUAUCCUCUAUGCAGACAAGGCCCUCAGAGCCCUCCAGCACAUGAUUUGCCAGCUGGGAGGCACAGUGUGUGACGGAGAGAAGGUGGUGGAUAUAAUACCCGGUCUGCCUGUCACGGUGAAGACCACCUCGAAGAGCUAUCAAGCCAACAGCCUGGUCAUCACUGCUGGUCCCUGGACCAACCGGGUUCUCCGUCCCCUGGGAAUUGAGUUGCCUCUCCAGACCCUUAGGAUCAAUGUGUGUUACUGGCGAGAGAAGGUCCCUGGGAGCUAUAGCGUAUCACAGGCUUUCCCGUGUAUUCUGAGUCUGGACAUGGCCCCCCACCACAUCUAUGGACUUCCAGCAUCAGAGUACCCAGGGCUGAUGAAGAUCUGCUAUCACCAUGGUGACAGUGUGGACCCAGAGGAGCGGGACUGCCCCACAACCGUCUCGGGCACCCAAGAUGUUCAGAUUCUAUGCCACUUUGUCAGAGACCACUUACCAGGCCUUCGGCCCGAGCCAGACAUCAUGGAGCGCUGCAUGUACACGAACACGCCCGAUGAGCACUUCAUUCUUGAUUGUCACCCAAAGUACGACAACAUCGUCAUCGGCGCUGGAUUCUCUGGGCAUGGAUUCAAGCUCUCCCCUGUCGUGGGGAAGAUCCUCUGUGAGCUAAGCAUGAAAUUACCACCGUCCUAUGACUUGGUGCCGUUUCGAAUGAGCCGCUUCUCUCCACGGAUCAAAGCCCACUUUAGACUCCAGCUGACUCCUGAGGAGGAGAGCCCUCAUGGGGAAGACUUCUAGAAGGAAGUGACCUUAACAUGUUUCCUUUCCUUCUGCUUCUAUGGAAUCUCCUGUAAACACUAAAUGAUUGACCCUCUUUUCCCAGUCAUCUUCCCAAGUCCAUCUAUCUCCUUUCCCAUCCCCGGAAAGUCAGCCAGAGAUUCACCAUCCCAGAACAGCAAGGAGCUUUAAGAUGGAUGUCUCAAUGGGGAGGGGCUUGAGAUGGGCUGAGUAGACUAGGGGCUCCUUGAAUUUCUCUUUCUUGAGCAUGCUCUGACUAAAUCUGCACAGGGGAGCGUGAAGAAGAUUAUCUUUUAUAAACCACUAGUGCCUUUGGGGUUUCCUUCCCAAGAGCUUGAACCGGUCUCCAUCACCAGCUCACAUAAAGUCUUACCUCUAAUAAAUAAACAUUUGCCAGGAAAAAGAAAAAAGUUGCUGGAAAAAAAUAAACAAAAACCCCACAUUG